GUUUCUUGUUUCCUACCCGAGUAAACUACCUGACCUAUUAUUCGUUGCAGAUGCAGGUUCAGUGAGACCCACACAUGGGACCAGCUCUGCCACCGCAGGUGAGUUCUGACUACCCGGAAAGUGGGUGAGAUAACUUUUCAAUAAUGAUAUAAGCGGACGGCGACAGAGAGAGAAAGGGGAAACUGCCAUUUGGGAAGUCGGAUCGCGAGGAAAGCAAUCAGCGAAGCGGCCGAGGGUUUUCGUGGGGAGAGGAGAACACGAGAACCGGGGAGAGGAGGGGGCAACUUUCGAUCGAAACCCUAGGAUCCUUCUUUCUCGCAGGGGCUACGGCGCGGCUGCCAUGUCUGCGGGGAUCUGCGGCAAGCGCCUAGGGUUGGAGGAAAUCUUCGGGUCUCCGUUGCCGCCUCCGCCGUCGGCCAAGAGAUCUCGCUGCGCUCGCUACGGAUCACCUGUCCGCCACUCCAACUCCGACUUCGGCCUAGGAUCCGAGGAUAAACUCUCCAUACUCCUCCGCAUGUUCCCCGCGAUGGACCGGAAGGUUGUUGAAACAGUUUUGAAUACUCAAGAUCACAAAAUUGAUGAUGCCAUAAAGAGUCUCCAUGCUCUGUGCCUUGGUGAUGGUUCUUUGAGCACUGAAGGAGUGAUCUCUGAUUUACAAUCAAAUGAUAGUGUUCUUGAAGGUGUCAUGAAUUCACAGACAUCUGGAGAGAAAGUUGAAGUCUCUGAGAAUGAUGGGGCAGACUUCCAGUCUGGGGAAGCCGGUAAAGGAACUUCUUGGGUUGAUAUAUUUGUAAAGGAAAUGAUGAAUGCCUCAGAUUUGGGUGAUGUGCGUGGUCGUGCAAUGAAGAUCUUGGAAGCUUUUGAAGGAGAUGUUGUUGCUCAGACUACAGCAGUAGUAGAGAAUGAGAGUAAUUUGUUAAAGGAGCAACUCCAUUGCUUAGUCAGAGACAACCAGAUCCUAAAGAGGGCUGUUGCUAUUCAGCACGAGCGAAAUUCAGAGAAUGAGGAGAAGAUUAGGGAGGUGCAACAUUUGAAGCAUGCUAUUUGCCAGUAUCAAGAGCAAGUCCGGGCAUUGGAGAUGCACAAUUACACAUUGAAGAUCCAUCUUCAGAAGGCACAAGAAGCUAAUUCUAUUCCAGGUUGUUUCCAUCCAGACAUGUUCUAGGUUGCAUAUAUCAAUUGUUCAAUUAUGGUUGUGAGAUAUAAAUGGGUAACCAAGAAAGAGCUUGAAAGUGUAUGUUUGAGUUGGUAAUUGAGCUUUCCUCAUUCUGUGCCACAAUUAAUAACAAAUCAGGAUCUUGUUACAGCCAGUGCAGGGGAUAUAAAAAAGGUGAGUGAGCUGUUUGUUCAAAAGAAAUUAAUUUUACUUUUUUUUUUUUUGAGAAAGUGGCUCAUCUCAUCUCCAAUGAUGUAAGUUUUCUUUAGGAGGAACGGAGGCUUUUUUUUUCAGUUACUGUUGUAGAGGGUUCAUAUUUUGUUCCAGCUUGUUUGUUAAGUUCAGAAAACAGAGAGAUUGUGGAUGACAAUAAGUUGUUUAUUCUGCUAAUAGUUGAUUAAAGCUGUUUUGAUCCAUGUA